AUGGAGAGCAUAAAUUUAGCUAGAUGUGGUGAAAGCAUUUAUGGAAGUGUUUUUGCUGAUGAGUUCCAUUCGCGACUGAGAUUCAAGCACAGGGGCUUAGUUGCAUGCGCAAAUGCGGGAUCACCUCAUUCAAAUGGAAGCCAGUUUUUUAUAACAUUGGAUCGCUGUGACUGGCUUGAUAGAAGGAAUACCAUUUUUGGGAAGGUAACAGGUGAUUCCAUUUUUAAUCUUCUAAGAUUAGGUGAUAUUGAGACUGAUAAGAAUGACAGGCCAUUGGACCCACCAAGAAUACUGUCUGUUGAGGUUUUGUGGAACCCUUUUGAUGAUAUUGUUCCCAGGCAAGCAUCUGGAAAAUCUUUGCCUUACUCCACAACUGACUCUGAGAGCAGAGAUCAAAAGAAGAAAGCUGUAAAAAAGCUGAACUUGCUUUCAUUUGGAGAAGAAGCAGAAGAAGAGGAGAAGGAAUUGGCAACCAUAAAAGAGAAAAUUAAGAGUAGUCAUGAUGUGCUGAAUGAUCCUCGUCUCCUCAAAGAAGAAAUACCAAGAAAAGAAAUGGACCCAUCAGAAGUCAAGAAAGCAAGGGAUUUGCAAUUAUCUGUGAGAGAAGCUCUAAGUGGAAAGAAAGGAGAUCCACAAAAAGGCCCAGAUUCUACUUCUCAUGAUGUCAGUGAUGACGACGAUGACGACGACGACAAUGAUGAUGAUGAUGAGGCUAAAUUUGAUGAACGCAUGCGUCUGCAAAUUCUUAAAAAGCGGAAGGAGCUUGGAGAUCUUCCAACCAGGCAAAAAUUACCCAAUGAGAGAUCAAGCCAAGAUGAACAUGGAGUAUCUCCUCCAAGGGCCAGCAGCGAAGAACUUGAUGACCAUCCCAAGAAGGAAAAGCUGUUGUUAAAGAAAAAGGGAAUAGGAUCAGAAGCAAGGGCUGAACGUAUGGUUGAAGCAGAUGCAGACUUGCAGCUUUUGGGCCAUGCUGAGCGAGUAAGACAAUUGCAAAAACAGAAGAAACGAAGACUCCAGGGCCGUUCAGAAGAAGUGCUUGCAAAGCUCGAGAAGUUUAAGAAGUCUUUAUCUGCAAAAUCCAGCUUACUAGGUAGCAAAUCUGGGGAAGGUAAUGACGAGGAUGUAUCUGGGUGGAAGGCACAUCAGUUGAGUUUUCCACGCAAUCCUUUUGAAAAGGAUAGCAUGGACCGGAAGGAUGAUCCAAAUGAGUAUGUGGUGCAUGACCCUCUUCUCGAGAAGGGGAAAGAGAAGUUCAACAAGAUGCAAGCCAAGCUAAAGCGCAGAGAACGUGAAUGGGCUGGCAAAUCGCUUACCUGAUUUCAGCCUUAACAAUAUUGAAGAUGUUUUAUGUGUAAAAACAAUCAAAUUCGGAUGCAGAGUUGCCGACUGUAAAUCCUUCCAACACCUACCAUGGCGUACAUAUUAAUCUAAUCGGAGAAUAUUUUAAUUAUAGAUUGCUGACCAGUUGAUUUGGAUGGCUUUCCUAUGUUCACUAAUCACUAAUCACCCACCAAAAACAAAACUGAAAGAAAAAAAAUAGUUGAUUCACAAGGUAUGUGUAUAUUUUCGUACUGGUUCAACGGUUCAUGAAGGUAAAUUAUUUAGGUUC